CCACAACCUCGGCUGUAAGGUUAUCACCUGGGUAUAUAUAAGGUGUGUGAGCUACACUGAUCGUUUGUGGUGGUAACAGUGUUGGCAGCGCCGAUCGUGGAGGCAGUAUUCACAUAAGACAACAUGAACGGACGGGCAACACGACUGCUGGCAGUAUUGGUGACAGUGCUGAGUGCUGCUUCCUGCACUUCAGGGCAGCAACUGUCGCGCCUCGCAGCGCUGGGCGCUGGUACUGAAGCAGCUCUGAAGGACCUGGUGAGGGUGUUGCAGCCUGACAACAUCCCUCGCUUCGUCGGUUGCAUCCUCAAAGAUCCUGCAGAGAAGAACUGUGAUGACAGAGCUGUGGGAAUACGAGUUAUGAUGCAAGCCUUUGACAUCGCGGGCUUCCAGUGCAGCAGCUGCAGCCCUGAAAUCACUGAACAAAUGUGCUUAAUCAGGAACAGCCUGGCGGCCAAUCCAGACCAAUGUAACAGACUCCAGACCAGUCUUAAAUUCGAGAACGACAUCUGUGCUAAUACUUUCGGAUGUGACGGAGUGCCUACAGCCCAAGAAAGAGCAGCUCUCCUGCAAUAGUAGCAGCAGGAGAUACUGCAGAUGCUAGAGGCUCCUUUUAGUAGUCGUGUCUACCUACUUACCACGAGUUCUAGAGCCAUUUUACCAGUAGCUCUAUGUACAUCUUCGCGGAAAUUAAUACCAUCUUGCGGAUACUAAGCUCAUCUUAAAAGACAAGCCUAUUUUAACGGAGAUAAUCUGGUGUGAUGCGAGAAAGGAAGUGAUAAGUCCAGUUCUGUAUAACAAGAGCCUUCAGACAUUAUUCGCCAACAAUGCACAGAGUUCAUUCAAAAUCCAGCAGACAGAACCUUUAUUAACACGCUUUGCUAAAUGAAAACUUAAUAAAAUAAUCUGAUAAAGUUCACUGGGCGAAACGUCAUAUUUAAGAAAGACUUUCCUUGUUCAUGUCUAUUUGACUGAUUUCGUAUAUGAUUGUUAUUUAUAAAGGAAGCUGAGUUGAGCUCUCUUUACUUCUCCUAAGACAAAUUCUGUUUAAGAUACAACUUUUGCAAACAACUGUUGUUUACAGCUGUUGGUAUCUUUCAAUCUGUGUGAUAAAAAAAUAGCUUUAA